UCAAAAUGGCGGACAAAGUGAAGAGCAUCGAUGAAUGCAUUUUAGCUGCAAACAACUUGAGAACGACCGUGAAAAAAGUAUUUCAAGAUCUUGCAGCUUCUCCUGGAGUGAAAAGAGAAAAAGCAGAAUCUACUGAGACUAGCAAGGGAGAAAAUAUCACCCGACUUUUAAAGAAGAAUCUCACUGAAGUUCACAAGGUUUUAAGUGAGCUGGAUAAAACAUGUGAAGGUCUUCCAACAUCAUCAAGUGGUUCUCUUUCUUUGGGAAAUACAGGAUUAUUAAGCUUGGAUCCUAUUGAAGACAAGACUGCUCUGUAUGACAAGGUUCUAGACACAUAUGACUGGCAUGAGAAGCUGACCUUAGAGGCUCAACAGGCAUUAUCAUGUUUGAAAAGACAUCAUCCCUUACAAAGCUUGGAUCGUUCUUCACCAUCUCCAAAGAAGGCAAAGACAAACUCAAGAGAAUUCCUAAUUGGGGAAAUUCAAAAAGCUUUUAAUGAGUGCAAGUCUUUGUAUCCUUGCUUGGAGCUUUCAACAUCAAUGGCACAUGGAGCUCUUGUUGUUGAGGUUGUUGUACCAAAGACACUAAAAGCAACAAUGGUUCUACGCAAUAUGUCAGAGAUUGAGCAAGUCAUAAUAAGAGGAAUACAGGAAAGCAAGCUCUUGGAUAAGGAGGAAUCAUGGUCUCAGUCAUCCCAUGCUGUCUUUAGAAAGAUAACGGAAUAUGCGACGUCUGUUAUAUUAAACCACUACACCCCAAGUGAUCCGAUGUCUCAAGUGAGAGGCUUGUUGAAAUGGCUGAACAGCUUUCAAGCUCUUUUCUCCAUUAAGUGUGUCGGCUGUGGCUUUCACUUAAAGGAGGAGGCAGAAAAUGUCUUACUUCCCCCUUGCUGGCGAACAUUCGAAGAUUUAUCACCAUACCAUUACCAAUGCAGACCUUAGUCACUCUACUGUUAGCUGUACUAGCAUUCGCGCAAGUUGUUGUGCUGAGAAAAAAAUGGGAAAGAUUUUUAAGGAAAGAUGCCGUUUGUGCAAGGUUCACGCAAAACUGGCCAACAGUUGUCAAAACGAUAGCGCGUGGUUGGUUAAACAGUGCGACAAGAUUGGCGCACGAUAUGUACGAGAUUUGCUUGGGCUCGAUUCCAACCUGGGUCACUUGGCUGCGGUUUGCUAUAGAAGAGAGUGAAACUUCGAACUGCCCUCCUUUGACUACUGUUGGUUACCGUCUUGUUGACUCAAGAUCUCCAGAUGGAAAUCCUGUAUAGUGUUCAUUUUGUCAAAAGGUGAAGAGUAGUCAAACAUUAGUCUAUUAAAUCGUGAAUGCAGUACGUUUGGCAGGAAUUGGCACAAUUCUAAAUCCAAAUCACGUAAAUGACAAAUUUCGAAAUGACAGAAUUUGAUUGUGGUUGAAAGAUGAUGUAUUGCUUUUGUUUCUGCCCUGAAACAAAGAAUUUUGCACGUGAAAACAGCGUAGCUCAAUGUCUAGAACACUAUCCUUUAAAUCUGGUGGUGCCGGUGUGGUGGUGUGAUACUUAAGUUCCCAUCCUCGGUAGAAUGAACAUGCAGCACCAAAUACCUUUAACGAAGUCUCCGGAAGGCACAAUCUGCAGAUUGGUGAUUUAGACGAUAUCACUCAGUGACAAACUGAUGGCCUUGUUUAAAAAAACUCUGAAUAUUUUCAUUCAAAAGGACGUAGAAAUGUAGGGUAGAAAUGUUUCAAGAUAUUCCUUUCGUUAAAAGUGUAACAGCUGAAUGGUAUUUGUGCUAAACUUUUUCUUCUCGCGUAAAUAAUUUUGGGGUAAUGGUAAGCUAUUAUUCUACAGUAAAGAUAUGAGCCUGUCUCAUUGCUAAGAUUUGAAAAACUUAAAAUUUAUGCCAAUUCCAUCAAUCGCUGUCGAUUGCUGUGCGUUUUAGAUAUGUCGAACUUAAAAACUCUUAAUUAAAAAAGUAAUACCAAUAGUGAUAAUGAUAAUAAUGAUAAUAAUGAUAGUGAUGAUAAUAAUAAUAAUAAUAAUAAUGAUGAUAGUAAAGAUAAUAAUAAUUCAGACUGCAUUCGUUUAAAACGCUAAGCAACAAAACGUGCGAAUUUUAUUGUGCUGAAAAGGUUUUGGAAACAGAAAGAUUGACAAAUGUCAAAAGAUCGCCGUUACCGUUGAGAAGUGUCGGCCGAUCGCACAUCAUGCUAUUGUUGGAAAUGUUCAAAAAAGGGUCCUCACCGUUAGAACUGGCGUCGAGUAAAUUCUACAAAGGUUUUAUGUUUUGUAAAAGAAAAGAGAACACAAGAAAUCAACCUGAGUAACAACUAAGCAAUUUCGUCAUCGUACGAACGACUGAAACAUGCCUUUUUUGUAGGAAAUGCUGUAAUGACACGAAAAAGUCGCUACCUUACACGCAAAUGUAACGUACCCUAACUAUCUUAGAUGAUUUUAUAGGUGGGUGAUAUGGUAAAAAAAACGUAAUUGUUCUACUAGUGGUGGGAGGAAGUUUGAUAGCAUUCCACAGACAAAAAAGAUCAUAUCAAUUAUACCAUUCCUGCACAAAGUUAUGGGGACAAAGUCUAAAAUGUGGCAGUUUUUUAUUCUUUCCAUAGCUCUUUCAACAUGGAUUCUUAGAGAUGGAAUCCUUCUUGUUUCCAGUAAUUCACUUUCAUUAAAUUGCCCAGAUUCAUUCAUGAAUGGAGGAACAUUUACUUCUACCCCUUUAAAUGCAAGUAUUUCUUGAAUAUUAAAACCUCUAUCAGCCAUGAUAACAUCACCAUACUGUAGUUUCUCUAUAAGGCCUGACUUUUGGGUUAGUUCCUUGUCAGAAAUGCUACCACCAUACAGGGUUGAAACAAAUGAAAUCCCCCCUUUUGGUACAAUACCAACCAAAGCUUUCAGGGUGUUGUGAUUUUUGUAUGAAGAAAACGUUACUUGUUGAGCCUCUGGGUUGUUUGGCUUUUCAAUGUAUAUCUCAGUAGCAUCAAUUAUUAGAGUAGUUGUUGAAUACUUUUUGCGAAAACAUUCAGGUAGGUGUAAUUGAACAAUCUCUCUGGAAGGAAAUACAUCAAGUUCUUUGAAUCUAAAGAAAAUAAACUUGAUCCAGGUAUUUACAA